CCUCCUCCCUCUCGCCAUGGCUUCCACGCCCCCCCUGCGCGCGCCCUCUUAAAUUUAGCAAUGCCUCCUCUCCAUCCAUCCCCGCGCCCCGCUUCCCGCGUCUUCCCAGCCCCUCGUCGCCUCUCCCCCAACCUCCAGGUCGCUUUGCCCGCCUCCCCGCCAAAACAAUCACCUCGCGCUGCUCCUGCUCGUUGCUGCCGCGGGGUGGGAGGUGUGCCCUCGCUUCUGUCCUUCCGAAACCGGUGCGUCGGUGCGGCGUGUCAAGGGGCCGAGGCUCGGUCCGUCUGGUGUUAUUGAUCCCUAGAUGAACUCCAGGUCAUACAACAAGCUGUCCGCAGUGAAUGACAAGAUGGAUCUCAACACUCGCGGAAAUACGGUGUUCAAUAGCUCCUUAGAGCGGAAUCAAUCAGGUGUGUCAGCCAAUCCAUCCACAGCAUCCAAACCAGCUGCAUACUCUCAGAUUCCAAUGGAUUUCAGUACUCGCGGAAAUUCCGCGUUCAAUGGCACCUUAGAGCGGAAUCAAUCAGGUGUGUCAGCCAACCCAUCCGCAGCAUCCAAACUGACUGCACACUCACAGAUCCCUUCUGAUAAGAAAUCACGUCAGAAGAAGAAAGCAGACCCAGCUGACAAAACAUUCUCAAGUAAUGCGACAAAUCAUGUAAAUAAUCCUACAUCGACAUCUGAAAUAAGUGGAACUAGUGCUACACCAACAAAAGCAGCAUCCAGAAACAUAAACAGCAAAUUUGAGAAACCUAGUGACUCUGUUGUAACCGGUCGUCAAGGUAGUGUUGACAGUCUUAGAAGUAACAGCUUUGAUAGCUCCAGUUCCGUUCAUUCCAAGCGGCAUACUGGGGGCGACUGUAGGUGGGAGGCCGUCCAAUGGGCCAGCUCCAGGGACUCCCCUCUCACCUUAGUUCACUUUAGACUUCUGAAGCGCCUUGGAUAUGGAGACAUCGGCAGCGUUUACCUUGUGGAGCUCAGGGGCACAGACACGUUCUUCGCGAUGAAAGUGAUGGACAAGGAGUCACUCAUCAGCAGGAACAAGAUGAUCCGGGCACAGACUGAGAGGGAGAUACUCGGUCUUCUUGAUCACCCCUUUCUGCCCACUCUAUAUACUCAUUUUGAGACUGAUAAAUUCUACUGCCUUGUCAUGGAGUAUUGUUGCGGAGGUAACCUCCAUUCGCUUCGGCAGAAGCAACUUCACAAGCAUUUCACCGAGCAAGCAGCAAGAUUUUAUGCCUCCGAGGUGUUGCUUGCGCUCGAGUACCUCCACAUGCUAGGCAUUGUGUACCGAGACUUGAAACCUGAAAAUGUUCUUGUCCGAGAUGGGGGACACAUCAUGCUGUCCGACUUCGACCUGUCACUGCGGUGCUCCGUCAGCCCGAUGCUUGUGAAAUCCUCAUCAGUCCACGCAGGCCCCAAUGGUAUCGAGAAGGGCCUAGCCGACACUGAGGGCCUCAGCAAUGGAUGCAUUCAGCCAUCAGCAUUCUUCCCGCGCAUGCUCAGCAAGAAGAACCGCAAGACCAAAUCUGACUUCAGCUUGAGCGGACUUCAGACCUUGGAGUUCAAUGCUGAGCCGACAGAUGCUCGGUCAAUGUCAUUCGUGGGCACCCACGAGUACCUCGCGCCGGAGAUUAUCAGAGGGGAGGGGCAUGGCAGCGCGGUGGACUGGUGGACGUUUGGCAUCUUCCUGUACGAGCUUCUGCAUGGCAUGACGCCGUUCAAAGGGAACGGCAACCGCGCAACGCUCUGCAACGUGGUGGAGCAGCCGCUGCGGUUCCCUGAGAACCCGCCGGUGAGCAACGUUGCGCGAGACCUCAUCCGGGGCCUCCUGGUGAAGGACCCUCAGAAAAGGAUUGCAUCCAAGAGGGGUGCCACUGAGAUCAAGCAGCACCCCUUCUUUGAGGGGGUGAACUGGGCACUUGUCAGGAGUGCUCAUCCACCUUCGGUCCCUGACGCUGUGGACUUCAGACAGUACGGAGUAAAGGAGAAGAAGGCGGGAGAAGGCGCUCUGGGGACUAUUCCAAGCAGCUUGUCAGCAGGUGCUAUCGCAGCCGCCAAAUCGGCCACGAGGAGUAAUUCUGCUGGCCAUUUUGAAUAUUUCUAGAACUGCGUCACUUUUUGAGUAUUUAUUUGUAGGACUGAACACCAUAGAUACAGAUCACCGUGUUGUCAUUUACUCCUGCAUCCGAUUUUGCUGUUGUAAUUUUCCUUACCAUACGUGAGAUGUCCUGUACAGAAAAAGAACUAAGAUUACUCGCUUGCCAGUGGCUGCUAAUGAAUUAUGAGGUUUUGUACCUCUGCUCCUCGUAACCCAAUUAUGGUUUUCUAGUAUGGCAUCAUCUUUUUUCGCUCACUUAAUCUCUAUAGGCCAAAGAUUCUUCUCAUGAAUGAACCUGCAAUAGUUUUUUGGCAAUUUGCUCUGAUUAAUCAGGUUCAGAUACCAAACACUGUCUUGAGUAGCAACAUCAAUUUGUGUUCCUCAUCAAGGUGCCACAUGCCCUAUUGCCAU